AUGAGUUUUUAUUCUAAUCUGCCCGUAACGCAGUCAGAGACUGGAACUUCUGGAUUAAAUCCUACAGUUUUUGAAAUAUUCUCUUCAAAUGAGAUAGAUGCUUUAUUACCAUCGUCAGUACGGUAUAUUUUGACAAACUAUUGGAUUUUGAGAAAUCCUAACUGGUAUACUUUACAGGUUAACAACUAUUUUAAGGAAUGGUUCGAAGUAGCACUUAAGGGUGCUAUCGAAUGGUAUCAUAUAAAAAAUUAUAAUUCUACUUUUGUAGAUAAAUUUUAUGGUUUACAGAGAUUUAAUACUGCAAAUGAUGUGUUGUUUAAGGCACAAUCAAAAAAUCAAUUCAGCGAAACAUGGCCUUUGCAAUUACAAUUAACUCAGAAGCAAAGGGUGGUAGUAUUUUUGCAAAAAAUUAUAAUCCCAUAUUUAAAGGAUAGAUUGGAUGAAGUUCAUAAUCACCUGAAUAGACCGGCUGAUUUAGUUACAAAUUCUGAGAGAAAUUACAAAUAUUAUUUAAAACAAUAUUUUCGAAAACUCUAUCCACUAAUCAAAAAAUUCUUCUAUAUUUCAAAUUUAGUCAUUAGAGUUUUCUUCCUUACUGGUAAAAUAGGAUCAUUUUCUCUUCUAGACUAUAUGUUUAAUAUUGGCUAUACAAGAGCACUGUUCCCCUUAGAGAAAAAACAGAUGCACAAUUUAAAUACGAGUAUUGGUGAUAAUAAAAUGAAAAAAGCAAAUCUAUAUUCUUUCCAAAAUUCAUUGAAACUAAAGGGUAAAUCAUUGGUAGAUUUAUUAUCACAAAUUGGAUCGCAGGCCUUCCCAGCAUUUUUAUUCAUGUUGAGAGUAUAUCAAUGGUGGACAACACAAGAUAUAACUGUUAGAAUUCAGAAAAAAUUGAAUGAUUUGGAUAAAGAAGUUCCAAGGCCACCAACAACUUCCAGGAAUCAAGAAGAAGCAUCUUCCGAUAAGUGUCCAAUUUGUAAAGAUACUAUAAGGAAUCCUUGUAUUUUGGAAACUGGAUAUGUAACCUGCUAUCCAUGCGCCUUGGCGUACUUGCCUGAACAUGAAGGAAGAUGUCCAGUAACUAAUAAACAAUUAUUAGGUUGUCAGUUCGAUGAAAGCACAAAGGAAUGGCAAGUAGUUAAUGGGAUCCGAAGAUUAUUAGUAUAA